AUGGUCCGUUACGAGUGCAAGCGAAUGAUCCAGAUCGCAAUGAUCCCUUCCGCAACUGUACCUGCCGACUUCUGGUCAUUUCUUGAGCCGACCAUCAAAUCGCUCGAGAUACUGCAAGCAGACGGAAUGGUGAUAAAAAAACCAACGAAAACAAUGAGAGCAAAAGUCCAUGUUCUCAUGGCAACUGGUGACAUUCCAGCAUUGGCAAAGCUGGCAUGCCAUGCUGGCCAUACAAGCAAAAAUGGCUGUCGUAUCUGCAACGUUGUUGGACAAACUCCAGGUCAUGGCCAAUAUUUCAGAACCUUGCCAGGCACCACCAUCCGCACCGUAGAGAGCUUCAGAAGCUUCAACCCGGAUAGUGUGCUGUGCAAGGGCCUCAAAGGACAAUCUCCAUUCGCUUCAUUGACGUCAUUCACAGGCCCAUUUUUCUUUGCCCUCGAUGAGAUGCAUGGUCUUUGUCACGGAAUCGGCAAGCAGGUCUGGGGGCUUGUUUGCGGGAAGUAUGGAUCUAAGCACCCCCUUUUCCUCUCUGCUGGAGCACAGAAGGAGAUAGGCGCGGCAAUGGAAGGAACAAGAGGAUCGAUCCCAACAUCUUUCCAUGGUGCUUGGAGGGACGUGGCAAGACACGCAGGAUAUUUCCGGGCUGUGGACUGGGCCGAUUUCCUUCUGUUUGUGGUUCCCACUCUGGUGGCGGAGCGUGUCCACGAUCAAGAUGCACGGAAGGCAUUGCUUGGCCUUGUGCAAGCAUGCACUCUACUCAUGAGUUGGGAGUUAUCAGUAGAGGAACAAACCUCUAUAAAAAGAAACCUCAUUAAGCGGAAUUCGUGCCUGGAAGGUCAUUUCCAAAAUGGUAAAGUUGGAAUAGAGAUAUUCACUAUCAACCAACACCUAUUGCAGAAUUACCCGGCGAUGAUGGGUGCAUUUGGCACUCCCAGAGCGUACAGCGCCAGGUCGCUAGAGAGGGCCAUUGGAGAAUAUUCUCGGUCGAUAAAAAGCAAUUCUGCUAUUGGUGCAAACGCCGGGAACAUCAUGCUGAGACUUGCCCGUACAAGACGUGUGGAUGUAAACGGAGCCUCGGUAGUUAAGGCGAGGACAACAGCAAGAAUAUUGCAAUACGAUGACAAGUCUGCUGGUUGGCCGAUGACUGAGGAAGGUGAGCAUGUUGGCGUUGACUCAGACAUUGAGUUCUGGGGGCCUUUGGGAUGUAGAACGAUUCAUGACAGCAUUGAAGAAAUUUCUUGUCUCCCAGUUCUUCUUGCGAAGUUCUAUGAAUCAAAGGGAGUGGAAUGCAGCACGAUUGAUCCAGCCUUGACAACAAGCCGCAAGGCUUUUGUCAAUGGCUGUGUGAUAGACUCUGCGUUCGCCCACAAAGUACAAAGAGAGGCCCACCACGUUCGCCUUCAGUUGCAGGUAAACAAGGCAACAAACGCAAGACCAGGAUCGUCUCCUGCUCUAAAAGACUUCUUUGUCAAAGUUGUUCUUUUCUUUGAGCAUGUCAAUGAGGGAAAAAGAUGGCCACUUGCUUUGGUGUUGGUGUAUAGCACGAUGCUGUACAAUGGUGUGCCGGUGGCGCGAAAUGGGCAAAUGAAGCCAAAGGUAGUUCACCUGGCGGAUGUCAAGGAAUUGGUUGGGCUGGUGGUGUCGGGCGCGACAGUAAAUACAACAACAGCAACGACGACAGCAUACAUAGUGUGGCCAGAACUCAACCGUGGCCCUAAGUUGUCACUUGGUUCUUUUGCUGAUACUAGAGACCUUCAUGCAUUUUGGAAAAGUGCAAAUUAUUGCUUUAUAAGGGAAACUUUUAAAAUUUUCCAAAUCUAA